AUGGUGAGUAUCGUAUACAGACCAAGCUUCUGUUAUCCAUCCAUAUCGUCUUCUUCGAUGAAAAAGAAGCCCAGACACUACGAACAGUUGAAGCUAAAACAAAUCCAAGACAACAACAACAACAAUGGAUUCACUUCCCUCUCUUUGUCCAAAUCAUCUCCCACUCCAAUCUUGGUCGGAAAACAAUCCAUUCAACGGACCAAACUCGAAGCCUUAGACUCUGUCAUUACAGAACUCGAAACCUCCGCUCGAAAAGGCAUCACAAUCACCGAACCAGAGAUCUUCGCUUCUCUCCUCGAGACAUGCUACACCUUGAGAUCCAUCCACCACGGCGCUAGAGUUCACCGCCUCAUACCUGCGUACCUCUUACGCAACAACCUGGGCGUUUCGUCGAAGCUCGUCAGGCUGUACGCUUCUUGCGGCUACGCGGAGGUUGCACACGAGGUGUUCGAUCAAAUGUCCAAGAGAAAAUCAUCAGCUUUUGCUUGGAACUCUCUUAUCUCAGGCUACGCGGAAUCAGCUCAGUACGAAGACGCGAUGGCUAUCUACUUCCAGAUGGCUGAAGACGGCGUUAAACCGGACCGGUUUACUUUCCCACGAGUCUUGAAAGCUUGUGGAGGAAUUGGUUCUAUUCAGAUUGGAGAAGCGAUUCACCGUGAUUUGGUUAAGGAAGGUUUCGGACACGAUGUCUAUGUCCUCAAUGCUCUUGUUGAUAUGUAUGCUAAAUGCGGCGACAUUGUUAAAGCAAGGAAUGUUUUCGACAUGAUUCCUCACAAAGACUAUGUUUCUUGGAACUCGAUGUUGACUAGCUACCUUCAUCAUGGGUUGUUACACGAGGCUGUGCAUAUUUUUCGUUUGAUGGUUCGAGAUGGGGUUGAGCCUGAUAAGGUUGCUAUAUCUAGUGUUCUAGCUCGUGUUUUGUCUUUGAAACAUGGACGUCAGCUACAUGGAUGGGUGAUUAGGAGAGGAAUGGAGUGUGAGUUAUCCGUUGCGAAUGCUUUGAUUGUUCUCUACUCCAAAACGGGACAAUUAAGUCAAGCCUGCUUCGUAUUUGAUCAGAUGCUCGAGAGAGAUAUUGUAUCUUGGAAUGCUAUUAUCUCUGUUCAUUCUAAAGAUUCUAACGGCUUGAAGUAUUUUGAGGAGAUGCAGCUUGCUAACGUUAGACCCGAUGUUAUCACGUUCGUCUCGGUUCUAUCUCUCUGUGCUAAUACAGGAAUGGUCGAGGAUGGAGAGAGAAUAUUCUCUUUGAUGUCGAAAGAAUACGGGAUAAACCCGAGGAUGGAACACUAUGCGUGUAUGGUGAAUCUCUACGGAAGAGCAGGGAUGAUGCAGGAGGCUUACUCAAUGAUUGUUCGAGAGAUGGGGUUUGAGGCCGGUCCAACGGUUUGGGGAGCUUUGUUAUACGCUUGUUACGUCCAUGGGAAUGCAGAUAUAGGAGAGGUUGCUGCUCAGCGUCUUUUCGAGUUAGAACCUGAUAACGAACACAAUUUCGAGCUGUUGAUGAGAAUUUAUAGCAAGGCGAAAAGAAUACAAGAUGUUGAGAGAGUGAGGCAGAUGAUGGUAGAUCGAGGAUUGGAGACAUAAGUUUACUCAAAGCUAUAGCCAUGGCCAGAAACCUUGGAGAGGAGUCUAGUGACGAUACAAAGUUCGUUAAAGCCUCUUGUCAGACAACAACUUACCCGGAACUAUGCUUUCAGUCUCUGUCUUCAUACGCAAGCGAGAUCAAGAAGCGGCCUCGUCAGCUCGCUGAGACAGCGCUUGCUGUUAGCUUGGCCCGAGCAAAGUCAGCCAAAACCUAUGUCUCGGACAUGACUGACUAUAAAGGAAUCACAGAGAGGCAGCACGAGGCCGUCUCGGACUGUAUAGAAGAGAUGGGAGAUACUGUUGACAGGUUGAGAAGUUCGCUGAAGGAACUGAAGCAUCUGGAGGAAGGCGAAAGCGGGGAAGACUUCUGGUUGUGUCUGGGCAAUGUCCGGACAUGGACAAGUGCGGCUCUGACAGAUGAGACCACGUGUCUUGAUGGAUUUGGAGGGAAAGCCAUGGAUGGAGAGCUGAAAAGCUUAAUCAGAGAACACAUUUUGCGUGUGGCGCAAGAUACGAGCAAUGCAUUGGCUUUGAUCAAUGUCUUUGCUUCCAAGCAUUGAAGAUAUUGUGGUCUUGGGGGACUGAGUGUUUUUCUCUUGGGUUUGUUUUCUUUUGUGUUUUCAAGAAAUGUGUGUUUGGUUUGUCUUUGAGUCAAUAUCAGGUUUCGCUUGCCAGUUGCCACAUUGUUAUGUCAUGUACUUACGGGCUUACGGUGUUCGAAGCAAUAAUUUAUGUAAGCCAUGUAGAGGAUGUUGCAAUCUUAUCUUUUAAACCAUUUUCAGGUCA